CCACCCAAAAAGAAGCUGGAGAAACAACAUCUCGACGCGGCUGAGAAGGCCCUUCAAGACGUCACUUCGAAAGCCUCCAAGCACGACGACGACCCGCGCGACCACAUCCACACCCCGGCCGCCCAAGAGCGCUCUCACUCCUGGUUUCGAGCUAUCUUCCCGUACAACUCUCUGGAGGAAUUCGAGAGCGCUUGGCACUUGGGGAAUUAUGUCAUGGACCGUGAGACGGGCGAAAAGUCGUUUGAGGAGAUGAGUAUUUAUGUCAGGAUUGGCAUGCAUCUCCUUUACUAUGGCUCGCAUCAGGAGGAUAUGCUGCAUUGGAAACGAUCUCAGGACAUGCUUCGUAAUCAGAGCGUGAAAAUGGGAAAGCAGUACGAUGCUCCGGAGAGCAGGGAGCAUAUUCAGCCAUUCAUUGAGAGCUUCCACUUACAGAAUACGCUUUCUGAGUUGAACGAACCGGAUCCGAACAAGUACAACACCUUCAACGAAUUCUUUGCGCGAGAGUUGAAGCCAGAUGCCCGUCCAAUCGCAGAGCCAAAGAACGAACGCGUGGUGUCAAGUCCUGCCGACUGUCGUCUCACGGUCUUCCCAACGGUCGAUCUCGCCACCAAAUAUUGGAUCAAGGGCUUCGGGUUCUCUUUGAAGGAAUUGCUUAGUUCUGAAGACCUAGCAAAGAAGUUCGAAGGCGGAUCCAUCAACAUCGCUCGGCUGGCUCCUCAGGAUUAUCAUCGCUGGCAUUCGCCUGUUUCGGGUACCAUUGAAAGUAUCACUGAUAUCCCUGGUACGUACUACACGGUGAAUCCGCAGGCCAUCAAUGAAGAAGGCACGCUCGACGUCUUUUGCGAAAACAAGCGAUCGGUGAUGAUCAUCAAGCGUACCCCCACGAGCUCUCCGGUAGCCUUGGUGGCUGUCGGUGCUAUGCUGGUGGGAAGCAUCAGAUACAAACCCGGAAUCCAGAAAGGUGCGACCGUCCAGCGAGGCCAGUGUUUGGGAGCGUUCUUGUACGGAGGUAGCACAGUCAUUGUGCUUUAUCCUAAAGAUGAAGUCGAGUUGGACAAGGAUCUUGUGAAGAACUCGACAGGUGCAUGUUGCGAAACCUAUGUCAAGGUUGGCUGGCGAGUUGGCGCGUCC